AUGCCCGCCGGCCGCCCGGGCCCCGCCGCCCAAUGCCCGCGGCGGGCGCCGCCGCUGCCUCUCCUGCUUCUGCUCUGCGUCCUCGGAGCGCGGAGAGCCGCGUCGGGAGCCCACACGGCCGUGAUCAGCCCCCAGGACCCCACGCUCCUCAUCGGCUCCUCCCUGCAGGCCACAUGCUCCGUGCUCGGGGACACUCCGGGGGCCACGGCCGAGAACCUCUACUGGACGCUCAACGGGCGCCGCCUGCCCCCCGAGUUCUCACGAGUGCUCAACGUCUCCACCCUGGCCUUGGCCCUGGACAACCUGAACGGGUCCAAACAGCAGUCCGGGGACAACUUGGUGUGUCACGCACAGGACGGCAGCAUCCUGGCCGGCUCCUGCCUCUAUGUCGGCCUGCCCCCCGAGAAGCCCUUCAACAUCAGCUGCUGGUCCAAAAACAUGAAGGAGCUCACUUGCCGUUGGACGCCAGGGCUGGGCGGAGAGAACUUUCUCCGCACCAAUUACUCCCUCAAGUACAAGCUUCGGUGGUAUGGGCAGGACAACACAUGUGAGGAAUACCACGCCGUGGGCCCCCAUUCCUGCCGAGUCCCCAAGGACCUCGCCCUGUUCACACCCUAUGAGAUCUGGGUGGAAGCCACCAAUCGUCUGGGCUCUGCACGCUCCGACGUGCUCACGCUGGACAUCCUGGACGUGGUGACCACGGACCCCCCACCCGAAGUGCACGUGAGUCGCGUGGGAGGCCUGGAGGACCAGCUCAGCGUGCGAUGGGUGUCACCGCCCGCCCUCAAGGACUUCCUCUUCCAAGCCAAGUACCAGAUCCGCUACCGGGUGGAGGACAGUGUGGACUGGAAGGUGGUGGACGACGUGAGCAACCAGACCUCUUGCCGCCUGGCGGGCCUGAAACCGGGCACCGUGUACUUCGUGCAAGUGCGCUGUAAUCCCUUUGGCAUCUACGGCUCCAAGAAGGCUGGCAUCUGGAGCGAGUGGAGCCACCCCACCGCCGCCUCCACGCCGCGCAGCGAACGGCCGGGCCCGGGCGGCGCGUGCGAGCCGCGGGGCGCGGAGCCGAGCUCGGGGCCGGUGCGGCGCGAGCUCAAGCAGUUCGUGGGCUGGCUCAAGAAGCACGCGUACUGCUCCAACCUCAGCUUUCGCCUCUACGACCAGUGGCGGGCCUGGAUGCAGAAGUCGCACAAGACGCGCAACCAGGACGAGGGGAUCUUGCCCUCGAGCAGACGGGGCGCGGCGAGAGGUUCUGCCCGAUAA